AACAGACCUAAUAAAUGCGAGCGAAAUUUUCAAGCAGAUAAAGACCGUCAGUUAGAUUCGAUUUGUCGAUAAACGUAUCGAUAUUUUGCCCACUUUUACCAGUUUAGCGCGAAAUUGCGCAGAUGAGACCUACUCCAUGGCGCAUUGUGUUGCUGCCGAUAUGAGAUUGGGUCGUGGUAUCGCUAUAAAAUUCAGGAACAAAUUUGGACAAAUUCCUAAGUUGAAGCAACAAAAUGUUAAGCCAGGUGGUGUAGCAGUUUUGCAGGACCGAACACGAUUCAUUUAUUAUUUGGUUACCAAAACAAGCAGUUGGAAUAAGCCAACUUAUCAAACUCUAGAAACGUCCUUACGGUGUAUGAAAACGCAUAUGCUCCAAAAUAAUGUCGAUAAGUUGGCGAUACCGCGAAUUGGCUGUGGCCUAGAUGGCUUAGAAUGGCAUAGAGUUCGGAAUAUUUUGGAAGAAGUAUUUAAGGAUAUCGUCGUUGAAAUCAUUAUUUAUAAUUAUGGGAAAUAAAUGUUUUUGAAUUUUGUUAAUAUUAUUGUUUAAUGUUAUAAAACUGAUGAAAUCAGGAAAGCGUUAUUAAAUAAAAACUGCAGUAAAUUGUUAAACGUA